GAGUUUUAGGUAGAGAGGAAUUAACUGUACUAUUGUAAUCAAUCAACAAGGCAACUCAGAGUAAAAAAGAAGCAUCUUUAAUCUUCAACACUUGUUCAGCUAUUCCUGCUCACUCUCUAAAUCAAACCACCAAAUUUUGAUUCUGAUUCUCUUUAGGGUUCUUUUUCAUCCCUAAAUUUCUAUCUCUCUUUCUCCUCGUGAAUUCGGCAAUGGAGAUUGCAAGAAGAGCCUCCCACGCUGGUUCAUGGUACACCAACAACCAUUUUUAUGUCUCUUUUUCAGCUAGCAAGUUAGCUGAAGAACUUGAAGGCUGGCUAAAUGAAGCUGGCCUCAGCAAAUCUUCUGAUGUCCGAGGUGUUAUUGCUCCGCAUGCAGGAUAUUCAUAUUCGGGCCGCGCUGCAGCCUAUGCAUUUGGAAACAUAGACCCCACAAACAUUUCACGAGUGUUCCUUCUGGGUCCCUCGCAUCACUACUAUACCCCAAAAUGUGCUCUUUCAAGCGCCACUGUCUACAAGACCCCUAUAGGAGAUCUUCCCAUUGAUUUGGAAGUCAUUGAGGAGCUUAAGGCAACUGGGGAAUUUGAAAUGAUGGAUAUUCGGGUUGACGAGGCUGAACACAGCAUGGAGAUGCACUUGCCUUAUCUUGCUAAAGUAUUUGAAGGACAUCCAGUAAAAGUUGUUCCCAUCUUAGUUGGUGCUGUUGGUGCCGAAAGUGAAGCGAUGUACGGUCAAUUGCUGGCUAAAUAUAUUGAUGAUCCCAGUAAUUUUUUCUCAGUAUCGUCGGACUUCUGUCACUGGGGGUCUCGCUUCAACUACACUUACUAUGACAAGAAGCAUGGAGCCAUCCACAAGUCUAUUGAAGCAUUGGAUCAUAUGGGGAUGGAUAUUAUAGAAACAGGAGAUCCAGAUGCAUUCAAGAAGUAUUUAUCCAAAUAUGACAACACUAUUUGUGGUCGUCAUCCAAUUAGUGUUUUCCUUCAUAUGUUGACGAGUUCUUCAACGAAGAUAAAGAUUAAAUUCUUGCGGUAUGAACAGUCAAGCCAAUGCAAGAGCAUGAGAGACAGUAGCGUAAGUUAUGCUUCAGCUGCAGCCAAGGUAGAAGAUUGAAACCUCAAGGACUAGCCACCCAUCUCCUGCUAUAUGCAUUUUAGGUUGUUUUGGAAGUCUGUUAUCUGUUCAUACUUUAUUUCUAACCUUCCUUUUUCAAAGCCAGAACUCAGUUUCCAUUUGUACUGCAGUUGAAAGGUUUAUCAUCAAUAAUGAAAUUUUUUCCAGAAA